AUGGCAAAGAAGAGUUCCAAGCAGCGUCGAACCCAAGAGGAACACGCGAGUCCGAUGUCUGUCCAGGUAUCUCCAAAGGUCGAUUAUGUCCAGCCAUUGUCAUCACCGUACGAAGCCCCAGUCGUGACCGCCACGAUCGGGAGUAAGGAAUAUUGCAUUCCGGGAUAUUAUCUUCGGAAAUGCCCACAAUUUGAGCAGCAGUCGUUUUUGUAUUCAUACAUUACCCUGCCUGAUGUUCACGAGGAUGUCGGCCAUACCUUUGUGCAUUUCCUAUAUUCAGGAUGCUACGAGACGAUCAACUCGUCAGUUGAGGACGGCACAUCUAGUGUGGUAAGAGAGUAUAAGAGAAGUGUCCUGGUUUACCAAGCAUCCAGGACAUACCAGCUUCCUGCUCUUGAAGCCCUUGCCAGAGAUUACAUAGAACGGUUCGGCGAAGAAAUGUCUAUGACUGAUAUACUGCGGAUUACGAAGGAGGUUUUUUCAAAACUUCCCAACGACGAAACCUGGCUUCCGAAGUAUAUCGAAAGAAACCUCCGGCAGUCGUUGAGGUCCAGCAAGUCAGAAUUCGAUCUGGAUGAACUUUACAAUGCCCUCGGCCAGGAUCAUUAUUUCGAUAAUACUGUGACGAAAAUGAUGCUCGAGAUACUCCUUCAUUCCCAGGAAAUCACCUCGCAGGACGGGAAGAGCCCCUGCGAACAGAUGCACAGCCAUGGGAACGGAGAGGGAAACGCAGCAAUAGACGAAUCAGUGGACAAGAUAACUAAUGGGCGACACACAGAAGAGUCGACUAAUGGAAAUCCCGCUUCUGUGAAGGCUGAUGCUGCUCAUGAGCCUGAUGUUGCCUAUGAGGCUGAUGCUGCUCAUGAGCCUGAUGUUGCCGAUGAGCCUGUUGCUGCCGAUGAGCCUGAUGUUGCCUAUGAGGCUGAUGCUGCUCAUGAGCCUGAUGUUGCCGAUGAGCCUGUUGCUGCCGAUGAGCCUGUUGCCGCCUAUGAGGCUGAUGCUGCUCAUGAGCCUGAUGUUGCCUAUGAGCCUGUUGCUGCCUAUGAGCCUGUUGCUGCUGAGGAUUCCCCGGAUAAAUUUCGUCCGCCGAAAGUUUCGCUUGAGGAUGUAGCUUUAUAUCAGAACUGGAAGAGCAUGUCCUCGAGGAAGAGGGCUAAACGAACACGAACUCUUGUAGCAAGGGGUCUUCCGAUCCCAGGAGAAGAUGGCAUAGUUUCCAUCUUCGUGGUGUGA